UGCAGUCAUGGUAUACAGUGGUUCCGCUCUAAUUGCUGUUGUCACCGUCGCUGUCGCUGUAGGUUGGUUUGAUAGAAACUUACUCAUGGAGUGGCCCCCUAUGACGGAAGAAGAUGAAACGAAUGCUCCAUCUACAUACAUAAGUGGGCGGUUAUGCUGGCUUCAUCGUUAUUCAUUAAUUGUUGGAUUUUUGGCGCCUAUCGCUAUUGGUCUCGUUAUAAAUGCAUUUGGCUUCAUCGCAAUAUCAAAAGCAAUUACUUGUGAUCGGUCGAAGAUACUAUUAAGGACAAACCAGAAGAAAUCUUCUCUUCAGGAGGCAAAGACAUAUCUUACAAGAGCCAUUAUCUUCACUUUUUUACUAGGACUAGCAUGGCUAUUUGCUAUUCCGUUAACAAUAUCCGAGGAUGAAAAUACGAACAUUGUGUUUGGAUGGCUGUUUUCUGUCGCCAACUCGUUGCAGGGUUUCUUUGUCUUUUUUCUUUUCUGCAUUCGAAGAAAAGACGUUCGAGAUUUAUGGACAACAGAAAUAUUAAAACUAUUAUGCAUAAAAAGAAAAGAUAGUCAUGUGAAAGGUCAGACGAAGAUAGAUGGAACACCAGGAACAAAAACACCACAAACUAAAAGGACUAAUGUAACAGUAACAUAUACAAAGACUAACAAAGUUAAAGUUUAAUACCAUAAGUUCACAAAACAGCGAGGGGCUGUUAUGAG